CUUUACAAAAACAACGUGCUAAUCUCGACGAAGAGGAAAUUGCGUUGCAGGAACUCAUGGACGAAGCGUCGACAAUUGCGGACAAAGACAUGCAACGAGAAUGCGAAAACGAGCUUCAGCGGGUGGAUCGAGAGCGUGCAGUGUUGGAAGGCUUGAUCGUGGAUGCCGUCCUACCGGAAGACGAGGAUGACUAUGAAAGUGACGCGAUUAUUGAAAUUCGCGCGGGCACAGGAGGAGAUGAAGCCUCUUUAUUCGCAAGCGAGCUGUUAGAAGCAUACCAAAAAGCAGCAAUGGCGAUACGAUGGAAAGUGGAGGUACUAGCUGAGAGUAGAACUGAUAUCGGCGGUAUUCGAGAAGCUUCCAUUUCAAUCUCUGGGAAUGCAUCCUUUCGUUUACCCGCCACUGACUCCGAACGCGAGGAUUCCGGGCCACUGCUUGGGCCAUAUGGAGCAUUUAAGUUCGAAAGCGGAGUACAUCGUGUGCAACGGGUCCCCAUCAACGAUUCCCGAAUUCACACCAGCGCGUGUUCAAUUGCCGUUUUACCAUUCGUCUCCAGCAUAUCUAACGAAAAAGAAUUGCUCCCAAUGUCCGAGUUGCGCAUUGAAACUAUGCGGUCAUCCGGUGCCGGGGGGCAGCACGUCAACACCACCGACAGUGCCGUACGUAUCACGCAUUUACCGACUGGGAUAACGGCUGCCAUUCAGGACGAACGUAGCCAGCAUAAGAACAAGGCAAAGGCCCUAAAACUGAUAACUGCACGCGUGCGUGACCGGCAACGAACCGAUGCCCAACUUGCUAGAGGAGAACUGCGCAGCAAUCUUAUGGGUGGAGGCGAUCGCAGCGAACGAAUUCGGACGUAUAAUUAUCCUCAAGAUCGCAUAACGGACCAUCGCUGCAAAGUAUCC